AUGAGUGCGGACAACGCGGCAACAGUUCCGGAGCCGUAUUCGGCCAAAUAUAAGGACACAUUCGCUUUCAAGACAAUCGCCCGAAGACUACCCUACGCGGCAACAGUUCCGGAGCCGUAUUCGGCCAAAUAUAAGGACACAUUCGCUUUCAAGACAAUCGCCCGAAGACUACCCGUUAUCUUAACCAAAGCUAUUGACACGACUUCGCGUCAAAUCAAGAGUCUGGUUGAGUCGGGAAUCGUGUCCUCAGAUGACAGACAAGAGGCCGAACAAGAGAUGAAGGACUCGAUCGGACGUCUGGCCAAACUUCGUAACGAAUUGGAAACCGAUAAGCCUUUCAUUGAGUUGGUGUCGACCGCACCCGACGUCCACGUAUGGAACCAAUGUCUUCGGGACCACAACAAUGAGUACGGAUUCGAUGCCAAAUGGUUUAGCAGUUCGUGGCUCUACUCCGAGUGCUAUUUCUACCGAAGAAUACGGGAAGCGUUUGAAAUCACACGACAUGUCAACGCAUUUGAUCCGUUCAAUGACUCUAAAGAAGAAGCGCUUAAGUCGUCCAUCAAAACUGUGGAAGUGUUGGCGCAAUACGUAAAGACAUUGUCCGCGAGAAAUGAUUUGAACGUUGAGUCAGAAUUCGUCCGAAUUAUAGAGUUAUCUCUUUGGGGAAACAAAUGCGAUCUUUCGCUCUCUUGUGGCCAACAAACCGACCAAUUCGUGGAUCCGACCCAAGAUUUGGCUAAAAUGAGACAUUUUAUAAUCGAUAAUCAUAUCCAAGAGUUGUGGCAAUACGUGAACGGUUUACGAACGGCUGGCACUGGUCUUCAGUUGGCUAUCGUUUUAGACAACUCAGGCUUUGAAUUGUUCACAGACUUAUGUCUCGUUGAGGUCUUGGAAUCAAUUGGUUUAUUGAGUGAUAAAAGUGUUAAGUUUUACGUAAAAUCUAUGCCAUGGUUUGUGUCGGAUGUGAUGACCAAAGACUUUCACUGGUUAUUGAAUUAUUUGGCCAACGAUUCCAACACUCAUUCACCUGUUGUUAAGGAAUUGAGUGCCAAAUGGAUUAAUAAUGUGAAGACUGGAAAAUGGGUGAUAAUUGAUGAUCAGUUUUGGACACUUUCUCACGAUUACAGCCAAAUGAAAACAAUAGCACCGAAACUGUACCACAGCUUAAGCGAAGCAAAUCUAAUCAUAUUUAAGGGAGAUUUGAAUUAUAGGAAACUGACCGCAGAUCUGAUGUGGGAUUUUUCAGUGUCUUUCUCUGUCUCUUUGCGUGGUUUCCUUCCGACCACUCUUUGUACCCUUCGAACCAUUAAAGCCGAUGUUGUCGUCGGUGUUGAAGACAAGCAAAUGCUGCAAAAAAUCACUACAUUUGCCGACAAUUGGAGAGAAAUCGGUGAUUACGCUGUCAUACAAUUGGCUCAAAACCUUUAG